UUAAAAGAAACAGGGGGAAGCACUGUUCACACGGAGCCCAAUCUGGGCCAAGCUAACGUGCAACUUCACUCAUUUUUUAUUUCAGCAGAGGCUGCACAACUAGACCACGUACCGGACAAACAGAUCAGCAUUAACUUCAAGCGAGUAUUUCGUCCGUGUUUGUUCGUUGACUUGCCUGGACCGAUCUGUAAGCGCAACAGCAAGGCUCUCAAUAGGCGGAUAGGAUCGAGCGAGGAGAAGGGGGAUUCAACGCACAAGCAGCACUAAGGAGGCUGCGAGUGGGAUUCGGCGCUGGAUGAGCACGGCCUCGCGCUCCCCAGCGGCCUGCCAUGGGGGAGACCAAAAUUAUCUACCACCUCGAUGAUCAGGAGACUCCCUACCUGGUCAAAUUGCCCAUUCCAGCUGAUAGGGUCACUCUCGCGGACUUCAAAAAUGUCCUCAAUAAACCCAACUACAAAUUUUUCUUCAAGUCUAUGGAUGAUGACUUCGGGGUUGUGAAGGAGGAAAUUUCAGAUGACAACGCCAAACUGCCAUGUUUUAACGGCCGCGUGGUAUCAUGGCUGGUGUCUGCAGACGGUUCCCACUCAGAUGGGGGCUCAGUGUGUGCAGACAGUCAAGCCGAGCUGCCGCCCCCCCUGGAGAGGACAGGGGGCAUCGGAGACUCCAGACCACCCUCCUUCCAUGCGAACGCUGCAGGCAGCCAGGACAACCUCGACAACGACACGGAGACAGAUUCCGCGCCGCCUCCGCGGAGAGAGAGAGACCGUGGCGAGCGAGAGAGAGAGAGAGAGAGAGAGAGGGAGAGACCGCGGAGGAAAGACACCCACGACCACGGCGGGAGGCUGAAUGGCCACUCUCGUCUGGAGCGCCGACCAGAGUUGGCCGGCUACGAGAGCUCCUCCACCCUCAUGAGCAGCGAGCUGGAGACCACCAGCUUCUUCGACUCCGAGGAAGACGACUCUGCCAGCAGGUUCAGUAGCUCGACAGAGCAGAGCACAUCCUCAAGACUGAUGAGACGACAUCGCCGUCGCCGACGGAAACCAAAGGCACCACGAAUGGAGCGGUCAUCAUCGUUCAGCAGCAUCACAGACUCCACCAUGUCACUGAACAUCAUCACUGUCACGUUAAACAUGGAAAAGUAUAACUUCCUGGGCAUCAGUAUUGUGGGCCAGAGCAACGAGAGGGGGGACGGAGGCAUCUACAUCGGCUCCAUCAUGAAGGGUGGAGCAGUGGCAGCAGACGGGAGGAUAGAACCUGGUGAUAUGCUGCUCCAGGUGAACGACAUCAACUUUGAGAACAUGAGCAAUGACGAUGCAGUGAGGGUGCUGCGGGAGAUAGUGCACAAACCAGGUCCUAUAAUUCUAACUGUAGCCAAAUGCUGGGAUCCCAAUCCACGAGGCUGCUUCACCCUGCCCAGAGGUGAGCCGAUCCGUCCCAUAGACCCGGCUGCGUGGGUGUCCCACACGGCGGCGCUGACGGGGGCGUAUCCGGUGUACGGUAUGAGCCCUUCCAUGAGCACAAUCACCUCCACAAGCUCCUCCAUCACCAGCUCCAUUCCAGAGACCGAGCGGUUUGACGACUUCCACCUGUCCAUUCAUAGCGACAUGGGGAUGGUUGCCAAGGCAAUGGCGUCCCCUGAGUCGGGUCUGGAGGUGCGGGACAGGAUGUGGUUGAAGAUCACCAUCCCCAACGCCUUCAUAGGUUCUGAUGUGGUUGACUGGUUAUACCAUCACAUUGAGGGCUUCACGGAUCGCCGAGAGGCACGCAAGUACGCCAGCAAUCUCCUAAAGGCCGGCUACAUCCGCCACACAGUCAACAAGAUCACCUUCUCUGAGCAGUGCUACUACAUCUUCGGCGACUUAUGUGGCAACAUGGCCAAUCUCUCCUUGCACGACCACGAUGGCUCUAGCGGUGCGUCCGAUCAGGAUACCCUUGCCCCCCUGCCCCAUCCAGGAGCAGCCCCGUGGCCCUUAGCGUUCCCCUACCAGUACCCUGUCCCUCACCCCUACAAUCCCCACCCCAUGCACGAGCCGCCCUGCAACUUCACCGGGGGCGCUGGCAGUGCAGGCAGCCAGCACAGCGAAGGGAGUCGCAGUAGCGGCUCCAACCGCAGUGCUGGUAAGAAGGAAGCUGCAGCAGGAGGAGGCAGCGUCGGUGGUGGUGUUGGCGGCGGAGGGGACUCCAAGUCAGGAGGGAGUGGCAGCGAGACGGAGCUGCGGCGAGAGAAAGCCCCCAGCGAGCGCUCGUCGGCGCCCCCCAGUGAGCGCAGUGUGCACAGCACCCACAGCCUGCGUAGCACACACUCGGCUGUGGUUUAUGGGCCGCCUGGGCUGCCGCCGCAGCCACAGACCCCCACCCCCGUCCCCAUGGCACCACCCGGCUCCCCCCCGGGCCGCGACCUGGCCUCGGUGCCCCCUGAACUCACGGCCUCGCGCCAGUCCUUCCGCAUGGCCAUGGGAAACCCCAGCGAGUUCUUUGUGGACGUAAUGUGACCUACGGGCGGCGGUGGCAACAGGUGAAACCCUAAAGGCCGAAUCUCGCACAUUCAGGCAUUCAGGACACUGUCACCCACCCUUUCCCCCAAGCAAAGUAGAGAUGAAGGACAACAGGGGAGGGAUUUAGAGGGACAGAGAGUGAUUGUGUUGUAUGUGUGUAGUAGUCUGUGUGUGUGUGUGUGUGUGUGUGUGUGUGUCUGCCUGCCUGCCUGCCUGUCCCUCCUGUCGAGUGUCUCAUACUUUCUUCAGUGAAGAAGAUGCAGUGCUCUUUCCUGCCUUCCCUCGAAAAGAAAAAAACUUUUUUUUAUCCCUGUUCCCUUCUGCUUUGGUUAAAGGAAUGGAUGCAGUUGAAUGUGAGUGGCUGGGGCUGAAUGAGAGGUAAAAGGACCCCCCCACUACCCCACCCCUCUGUUUCUUUUCCUGUCCUCCCGUUAAUCUCCCCAAGAACGUUUGUCUCAUCUGUCAUUUUGUCUCAUGGAAAUCGAUAGAGUGGUAUAGGGAGGGAGAAAUGGUCCCUCCAUUUCUCAGCAUGUCCGAACGAAGCUCUGAAACUCUGUCAGACGUCUGGAAAGAGAAGACACUAACAUGAUGAAAGCUGAAGAUGUGUUUUAUAUCUGCCUCUCUUGUUUUGCUUCUUUUUGUUGUUUUGUUUUGGAAUUCAAAGCAAGGACACAGACAUUAUUCAGAAAUCAUAUCAAAGGAUCCUCAGUAUGCAAUACUUUAUCUGCCUUUUAACAGACAGCAAUGUACACAAUGAAGUAUAGGCCUAGUGGCAUCUUGUUAGAUGCAAGGGUAUUGAAGGUACUACUUAAUAAGGCUUAACAUGUCUUGUGCUCUUAAAAUGCAGACCGUCUCCAAAAUCUAAAUCGUCUGCUUUAGUUCCCAUGGUAACGGGAGCUGUGAUGUCAUGUCUGGGGAAGUUACUAGCCAAUCAGAAAACUGGAAGAGGAACUGUACUGAAGAGGCACCUCACAUUAGCCUAGAGAUGCAACUGCACAAUCCCAGAGACUGGCUGUUACCUCCAGUUAUGUGAUUGCAUAGAGCUGACACCAUCUCGCUGUCUUCUCCUCCCAGAGCACUUCAGAUGAAAUAUAUAAUUUAUCGUGUUGCAUUAACAUCUACAUUUUGUAUGCUAUACAGCCUAACAUCUCAUUCUCCUUCUGAAAACCCUCCCUUUUCCUUUGAAAUACAUUUAUCACAAGUUUUCAAUUUAUUAGAAACUGAUAAUGUAUAGUGACAAAUGGUUCAAUUUAAUACUCACUGUACACUGUUUUAUGAGAACAACAAACAAGAAAUUGUUUUUAUUUAUAAACAUAG